AUGUCAAAUAAUUGGGAAAGUUUUAAUAAUAAUAAUAACAACAAUAAUAACCAAAAUCAAAACCAGAACCAGAAUCAGAACCAAAACAAUGGUAAUAUACCAAGAGGGGGCAGUAUCUUUUUUAAUCAAGAUUCCACUGUUGAUAAUAGUUAUAAAGCUUCACUCACAAUAGAUUUCCCAAGAGUAGACAGUUUUGGUUUUCUUAGAUCACCCACAAGCGUUCUUAGUAACACACCAAUUCCAAAUACAACUGGUUUAUCAGAUAUUGGAUUAAAUGCGCAAUAUUACCAAUUAAUAGAUAGUCAACUACCACACGAUGAACAAGUUCAAAAAUUACAAAAAUUCCACAUGGAGCAACAAGAAAACUUACAAAGACAACAAAACCAACAAUUACAAAGUUUACAAUUAUCGAAUGGAUCCUUACAAUAUCAAACAACUACUACAACUACCACCACUGCAGCACAACCACUUUUAAAUGAACAGCAAUUUGCUUUCCAACAUAUUAAUAAUUUACCAUCAGUCUUUAAUAGUAAUCCAACAAUCACAACCAACAAUCCUAUGACAGCAAAUUUACAUAACCCAUAUCUUAAUGCACCACAAAGCUAUACUAGCAAAAUGAAUGCAAAUACAUAUGAUGAUGAUGAGGAGUUAAAUACACCACCAACACCACCAGCAGUUGAAUGGGAUUCACCACCACAGGUUUUUAGACACCCAACAACAUCGUUUGGUUCACCAAUCGAAUAUUCAAAGAACGACAAUGAAGGUGAACAACCAACAAAGUAUCAAAGACUUACAACCGAGAAUUCAGUUGAACUCUCUGCUCUAAACCAUAAACUUUCAAACGAUCCACAUUAUUCAAUUAGUUUUCUUCGUGAACAAACUACCAAAUUAAAGUCACAAGCUUCAACCGAUGAUCUCUCAAGAAAUAAAUCAUUCACCAUUAAUCACUAUGAAACUGGUGUGGAUCAAAUUUCAAUGGAAUAUUAUAACAAUUUAUUAUUACGUUAUAACACUAGACCCGAAAAUUUUGAAAGGGCCAAAGAAAAACAAAUUCAAGUUAUUAAUGGCAAUAAUAAACAAUACUCUGACGAAUUACAAACUUUAUAUACAACUAUGAAAAAAGAUAUCGAUGAAGAAAAUAAUGAAUUAAAAAAUUUAUUAAGCAAAAAAAUCUUAGAACCAUUAGAUUUAAGAAAAAUAAAAGAAACAAUUGAAGGUUUAAAAUCACAUCUUAGAGUAGUUGAAGUUUUACAUAACGAAUUGAAAUAUAUUAUAAAUAGAAAGAAGCCAGAAUGUUGUGCAGCAUUAAUUAUUACCCAACAACCAUGCUCACAAGUUAUAUUUAGAGGCGGCAAGGGUAUGGCUGAUGUAUUUAAAGUUCAAAUGAUUUUUGGUGUACUUCAACCAGAUAACAUUUCACAAAUUAGUGCAGUAAUAAAUAAAAGCGAGACAACAACCUCAAAGAAAGAAAAAACAACAACGGUGCCAACUUUAGAAAAUGCAGAAUCACAUUUAAAUACUCAAACAUGGGAAGCAGAGUUCAAAAAUAUUAAAAUUAAUGUAUCAACUCGUAUGACACCAUCAAGUCUUAGAUUCAUUGCAAAUUACAAAGAAAAGACCUCGGGUAAAACUGUAGAGAAACAGGUUGAAAGUGUACCAAGUAACCCAGUUAUCGUUAUUACAAAUGAGUCUCAAUGGGCCGAGGCUGCAGGUAAACUUUUAAUCGCCGAUGCUUUCAACUCUAAAGACGAGAUCCCAUGGGAGUUAUUUGCAAAUAUUCUUCACAGUCAUAUUUUAACAGCAACUCAUCAAUCAUCAGAGAUCAAGAGAAAACUUCACAGUUGGGAAUUCGAAUAUAUCCAAAAGUUUUAUUUUGACGGUAAAACCUCAAUUAGCAAAUCCGAAUGUAAAUCAUUUUGGGAUAAGUUUGGACCAAUUCUUCAAGCAAUCCAUUUUAAGAGACAUAUCGAGCCAUUAUGGUCAUCUGGUUUAAUCUAUGGUUUAAUCACUAAAUCUGAAUGUAACAGUUUCCUAACCAAUCUCCCAGAGGGUUCAUUCUUAAUUCGUUUUAGUGAUAGUGUUCCAGGUUCGUUCGCUGUCGCUUAUGUUACCAAUGAUGAUUCUGAACCUGUUAAACAUUACCUUGUCAAACCUGAAGAUAUUGGUGCAAAUAAAACUCUUCCAGAUUUCCUUCGUGAACGUCACCAAUUCAAAACUCUUUAUCAAGUUGAUCCUUCCAAACGUUCACUUCAUCCAAAAAAUAAAGAUACUGAAUUAGAACCAUUUUAUUCAAAGAGAAUUAAAAUAAAUGCAAAUGCCAAUCCUGGUUAUGUUAGUGGUUUAUAA